AUGCGCAGGCCGAUCUCGACGUGUAGAGUUGGCUCGACUGUCUGCUUGUUCCCUUCUGCAGCUCGACCUUCACCUGCGUCUUCUUCAGCACUACGCCUGCAGUUUCAAUCACGUUCAUUGGGCACGAGCUCGCCUAUAGAGAUGGAAAAUCCCGAAUUCAACAUAGAGCCCACUGCUGAAGAGUGUGCGGAGGUAGUACGGCGACUCAAUGGCAUUCAACAAGAAGUCACCGAAGUGUCACAACGGCUUGGCCUCAAGCAGGAGCCGCGUCUGGUGGCAGUGAGCAAGACCAAGCCGGCGGCACUGGUGCGCGCAUGCUUUGAAGCUGGACACGUCCACUUCGGAGAGAACUACGUCCAGGAGCUCGUGACGAAGUCUAAGCAGCUCCCCGAAGGCAUCAAGUGGCGGUUUAUCGGCCAUCUGCAAUCCAACAAGUGCAAGCAAGUGCUGAGCGUGCCCAAUCUCGACUGCGUUGAGACUGUCGACAGCGUCAAGCUCGCGACUGCGCUCGACAAGGCUGCCGCUGCCGCCGGACGCACCACCCCGCUCUCCAUCCUGGUCCAGAUCAACACCUCCGGCGAAGAGAGCAAGAGCGGCGCUGAUCCGGAGAAGGUGGUGGACGUGGUGAAGGAGAUCAGGGAGAAGUGCAGCCGUUUGCACUUUGCCGGCCUGAUGACCAUCGGCCGAUUUGACGAGCACCCGGAGCCGGACUUCCGGAAACUCGUUGAGUGCCGAAAGAAAGUGUGCGACGAGCUCGGUCUGCCCGUGGAGCAGGUCGAACUCAGCAUGGGCAUGUCCCACGACUUCAAGAUUGCGAUCGAAGAGGGAAGCACCAACGUAAGAGUCGGCAGCAGCAUCUUUGGCGCUCGCGUCUACCACAAGUAG